UCACACAGUAUUUGCACAAAAACAUAAGAAGGGCAAUAACGUAAACACCGUGAUUUGCAUUGAGCAAUUUUGAUUUGCAUUUAGCAAUCAUGUUGUUUUCUUGGUGAAAUUUGUAUGGUCGAUGGAGAGUCUGAGGGUUCGCGUGGUGUUUGAAGAUCGGAAUAUUUUAAGCAAAUCACAAAGAUCAGUGGGUUUAAAUCGGAGCUGGGUUUUUGUUAAGCCCCAGCAGUUGCCGACUUUUUCGCACUUGUCUGCUCAUCUACUCAACUUUUUUGACCUUGCUCAGUCUUGCCCUCAUGGCCUUCUUCUUUGUAUGGAUGGCUUUGUACUUCCACCAUUCGAGUCUACAUCUAUUUUGAAAGAUAAAGAUAUUAUCAGUGUUAAAAAAAGAGGAGGCACAUUGAAUAAAUUACUCAAGAAACGUAAAAAUGCUGAUUCUAUAGAGGAUUCGGAAACCAAACAGCAGUUAGAUGCUGGUGUACCACAUGAUAAGAAGGAAGCAGGUAGCAGUGAAGUCGAAUCUGAGGAUGAUGCAGACUGUUCAGAUAAUACAGAACCUUCAGAAAAGCCCCUAAAUUCACUACACAAGGAAAGGAAAGCAUCCACAGAACCUCAGAACUCAAAGAAGAAGAAACGCCGAGUUUUAGUUCCUAAUGGAAAUGAGAAAGACAAUCAGACUAAGAGCAGUGGUGGUCAGGGACUUAUCUUAAAGAAAGUUUCUCUUGAGAAGCCGGAGAAAGUGUCAAAUUCGAAGUGCAAGCAGAUAAUCAAGCCUAGUCAGCCUACCCAACAAUGUGUUCAAGAAAGUACUAAAUCAAUGUCAGACGAUAAGAGUGACCAGCUUAAAGAGAAUGAUAAAAGGACUGGUGCUAUGUCCAAUGUUACUAGUACCUCUAUAAAGGUCCCUAGUAGAAGUGCUCGGCGAAAAAAGGCUAAGAGGGAAUGGUUGCGGGCUACAGCUAACCUUGGAAAAAAGAAAACAGUUUGCAUAUCUAAACUACCCCUAAAGCGGAAGCAGAGACAAGCUGAAGCUGAGAAGAAAGAGGUCAUUGACCAGUCAAAAGUGCUACCACAGUUGAAGCAAUCAGAACAAGAGAAACCCGAAAAUGAAAUUGAUCUGGAAAAACCUUUUGAAAAGAUCGAUGGAGAAGAUGAGUUUGUUCCUGUUGUCAUAAGACCAGGGCACAUUCGCUUUGAGCCUCUGGAAGAAGGAGAGAUUGUCCAACAAAAUAAAGUAUGCCUGGAAACUAUCCGGUGGAAUGGAAUUACCAGCAAGAGAAAAGGGCAGAAAUGGGGGAUGGAGAAAAUUUCAUCAUCUGACAGGCAUGAGCACCAAAACCUCGAGCAUGAUCAACCUAACACAUCAUCAACUACCGAAAGAGUUAUGCCUGUGCAUGAUCCCAUUGACUUUGAAAAGCUUCACCCACUUCCAAACUUGCCAAAGGUGGGUGAUGUAAUUGCAUAUCGUAUACUUGAAUUAUCAUCAACAUGGACCCCUGAAGUUUCCUCCUUUCGGGUGGGAUCUGUGUUGUGGUACAAACCCGAGUCUAAAACAGUCAUGCUGACUCAAGUUCCAGAAUAUCCUGUUAUUCGUGAGAAGUUAAAUGAGGAUGCGUCUGCCCCUCAACCAGAUAACUCCAUAUACAAUGAAGAUGGAUCAUUACAGGUAGAUUUUUCUUCGCUUAUCGACGUCCGUAUUGUGAAGCACGGGGACAGUGAUUGUUUAAAACCAGUUGCUGCUGAUCACAGUAAUGGUGAUUCUUUUAAAGUGAUUUCUGAUGAAGUUAGCAAUAGUGCACCCACCAAUACAGACGGGGUAUCAAAUUCACCCAAAGCAGGUAAUGGAGAAGUAAAUCUGCUGGAUCAGUUCAGUGAUGUCCUGAAUGCUAAAAAGGCACAGUUGUACGAGGAAAAUAGCUGGAUAAAGGGAAGUCCUGUCAAGGGUUCAUGGUCAUAUAGAGCCAUGAGAGGCAGUGCACUUGGCCCAGUAAUGGCUCUUCUUCGUUCAAAUAACGACAUAUGACAGCAGGAUCCAUAGGAUUUGUUCAACUUUUGACAAAGUCUUUGUUUAGUUAGGGCUCUGUUUUUACAUGUUAAACUGUCGAGUUGGUUUAUCAUUUUCUUUGCACCAGCAGGCACUUCAUAGCUUUCUAACGAUUUUGCAGUGGCACCCUUUAGAUAUUACUUGUAUGAACUGCAUAUAACUUGAUAUCAAUAGUACACAGCUGCUACUACAUUUA